GGUCAAGUCAAACGCUUCCAGGUCACUACCACGUGAAUUUUCAACGAAAUAUUAAACAACUUGCAAUGCAAGACUGACUGGAGAAAAUUGGCGUUGCUGUUUAAAAAAACCCAGUAAUGAGCAGCGAAUCGGAUGCUUCUGAAGAUGGCAUGUUGUUGGAUCAUGUUUUAAACAAGUUGUAUGACUUCGGUGACAGCUCUGAAAGAAAAAAGAAAUGGAAAUCCGUCAAGAAGAAAAGAAGCCAGCAUCAGAGCAAUGAGCUUCAGGACACUCAAGUGGCCAGUGGUGGUAACAGCAAGACAGAUCAUGUAACAGAAAUCAAAGAGUCAUGCAUCGAGAACUCAAAAUGUUUCAACUCAACUGCAGAGAAAACAUUUCAGACGGCCAAAGCCCUUCCUGAGAAACGGCAAAGUGAGGUGCAGGUAAUCACCUUUCAGGACCCUUCCAAGAAGAGGACCAUUACUGUCAAAGACCCCAGUACCCUUGAUAAGAAAGUUGCAAAUAUCAAGACAAAGCCAGAAACCAGUACUCUCAGCUUGGAGAAGGCCAGAUUAGAGGUUCACAGGUUUGGCAUCACAGGAUACAAAAAGGACCAGCAGAGAAUGCUUGAACAAGAACGGGCUAUCAUGCUAGGUGCAAAGCCACUGAAGCGGGAGUACAUUAAUUACAAGAUUUACCAGGAAACUAUUAUGGAGAGAAAAAAAAAGGAAAGAGAAGAGAUGAUGAUGGAUAAAGAAGAAGCCAAAGAUGAACCAUUGAAGAAGAAGAAAAAGAGGAGAAGCGGACAGGACAGAUCAAAGAAAAAGACAACGUCUGGCAUACUGCCCACUGGACAAGUUGGAACGUUCAGGAAUGGGACCCUAAUUUUAAGUCCAAGUGAAAUAAACAAAAUAAAGUCAUCCAGAGUAAUAAAGUAGAAAAAAACUAAAGAACCACCUUAUUUAGUUCUGAUUGUAAACUUGGUUAUUACAUCCUUCUGAUAAAUUCUGUGAAUUUUUUUAAUUUUUUUUUUUAUGUAGACCCACAAUAGUUCUUUUUUAUGUACCAAGUGCCAGGAAUAACAAAAAGUGCCUUUAGCAACAUCUGUGGGCUGAAACAUUAAAUAAUUGAACAAGUAUAAUAUUCAUCCAUCUAUUUUUCUAAAACUGUUUAGUGCAUUUCAGGGUCACGAGAGGCCAAAGCCUGUCUGAGCAGUAUCAGACUUGACGCCUAAAGCAGCUCCACCUUUAACAUUUCAUGUUGACUGUAAGAGCUGUGCACACCUUAGAGGUCCCUAUAUAUAUUGAGGGGUUGAUUGAAGGAGGUCUAACCUGGUGUCUUUGUUGCCACACCUAGCCCCAAAAAGGUUCUGGGAUGAGACUGAAUGUAAAUCCUUUUAGGGUUUGAAGGGCCAUUCCCUAAAGUGGCUCUUGACUCUGAGGAGUUUAAUUGAAGGCUCAUUCAUUAGGCCUAAGAGUACAGAUAGAUAGAAGGUGAGAAGGUGGCCAAUUUUCUGCACUGUCAAAUGGUGGAAUGGGGUGGCAACCUUUAGAGGUAGGCCCAAAAGGAUAGCAGUGUUUUGAAUGUGUUUUGUUUGAUAUAGUUUAAUUUGCAUUGGUUUAUUCUCGCAGGUGUACUGGUGUAAUAAAGAUGUAUUUUUCUA